AUGGUACUGGGCAUGGCUUUCAGGUCCAAAUUUAUCAACGGCUGGCCAGGAAGCCCAUGCCAGAACAUAGUGCGUCGCAUCGGGCCGUGCGGAUGUAUCCUUCCAGUGUCUCACAAUUCUUUGAAGAACGAGACGAUGAAGCUGUUCGCAGGGCCAAGAACGAGCUUCUCCGUCGACUGGCUCUCUCCCCAUCUUUCACAGUCUCAGAGCUUGGCCAACGCACCCCUCCAUUUUUCGCCACUACCCAGCGCUAGCUCUUUGCUUCGUCAAUUUGGUGUUGAUGUCACCUUGUUCAAUGGAUUGUUGCGAUGCGCCAUAUCAAACAGCUCUUCAUACACCCUGCCGUCUGAUCUUCCUAGCGCGCUGUUGAGAAGCCAGUCUGGUAUCGACCACGCAUCCACAAGCUUCACAGCAUUCGGCCCCAGCUCGCCUGAUAUUCAGUAUCACAUCCUGAAGGUCAUACACUACUUCUGGCGAGACUGCUGCCGUCAUAGUAAACGACGAAGCAAACUAGUCAAGCGAGUGAAGUGCAUAUGGGCGAAAGCAUAUUCGCGGGACACCUGGAAAGUUGGUGACGAGGAACAGCCCCCAAUAUGCACGACUGAGGUUGUGCAACUGUAUCAUCAGCUUCGUCCAGGGUUUUCUUCUCCACGACACGAGCCUAGUAGGCACGAUAACCUGGUUGCGUACUCUGCCAUCUCUGUUGACGCUCUGGAAAAUAUGAUGAUUCCUGUUCUUCAGAUACGACUGGAAGAGCGAAUCGGUCGAGUCUCUCGCUAG